GUGAUUUGGUCUUAAGUUCUUAACACAAUAACACAUGAUCUUAGAGCCCACUAAUGAUAAGAAAAUGAGCCGGGUUAAUCACACACGCACCAGAAUUUUAUGCAGCUGGUCGUUGACUUGUACAAUUCCCGCGAGUGCAGCAACAGUAUUUUAUAAAUAUAAUUUGAGCUCAUUACCAUCUAAUCUCUCAACAACUAUCAUUUAAAAACUAUAAUUAAUAUAUUAAUAAGAAGAUAAAUUGGUCUUGGUUAUAAGUUAGUGGCUUUUCCUUAUGUACAUUUUCUCAGAAAAUCAAGAAAAGCAAAAGGUUUUCUCUAUUCUUCUUCUUCCGAUGUAUCAAAUCUUCUUCUUCUUUGUUACAACCUUCCACAGUUAUUACUAUGUCUCAGCUCAGCCUCCUGCUCCUCCGCUCAGUAACGGCGACCUGGUCGCCAAUUUCGAGCCUAGUUUAGCCAUCGUCACAGGAGUUCUCGCCAUCAUGUUCGCACUCACUUUCGUCGUCCUCGUCUACGCUAAGUGCUGCCACAUGGAUCUCCUAUCAGGUUCCGGCGACGGUAGGCGGCAAGAUCGUCUGACCCGACAAGGGUUUUUCUUUAACCGGUCAACUAACUCCUCAGCUCGAUUCUCCGGUUUAGACAAGACAGCUAUCGAGUCACUUCCUAUGUUUAGAUUCUCAGCUUUGAAAGGAUCAAAACAAGGGCUCGAGUGUUCUGUCUGUUUGUCUAAAUUCGAAAGCGUCGAGAUUCUUAGGUUAUUGCCUAAAUGUCGUCACGCUUUCCACAUCGGAUGCAUCGAUCAGUGGCUUGAGCAGCACGCAACGUGUCCCCUCUGCAGAGACAGAGUCUCAAUCGAAGAGGACACCUCUGUUUAUGUAAACAGUUUUAGGUUCUUGAAUGAGUCUGCGAGAAGAGAAGAUUCGAGUUUGGAGAUUUACAUCGAGAGAGAAGAAGAAGAGGAGAGAAGAAGAAGACAGAGAGAGGAAGUUGGUAGCUCAUCGAGAUUCAGCAUCGGAGGGAGUUUCAGGAAGAUUCUAAAACUAGGUCAUAAAGAAAAGCCCUUGCUUGAGCAACAAGGAAACGAUAAAGACGAGAACAAAGUGAUGCAUAAGUUCAAUCACAGGAUAUUUGUAUCUGAUGUUGUGUUCAAGAAUCGUUGGAGCAACGUGAGUUCAUCGGAUUUGAUGUUUUUGAAUUCGGAGAUGGUUUGUUCGAUCUCCAGCGAGAGAUUCUCAUUUAAGAGAAGCGAUGAAGAGGAUCAAAGAGGUAACUUGCGGAUCAAGGAAGAUAUGGAGAACAAGUUGAGUUCGAUGAAAACUAUGUUGUUGUCGGAAAGCAAAGACUCUGGUUCGAAAUUAAGAAGCGUCAUGACCGAGACAGGAAGAAGAUCGGUCUCUGAGAUCACAACGGUUCCUAGACUCAGUAUUGCGGUUCAUGGCGAUUGUAGCGGUUCAAACGCAGCGACUGCGUCUGAGACGGAGGAGAGAAGACGGCGUUUGUGGCUGCCGAUCGCUAGCAAAACCGCUCAAUUGUUUGCUAACAGAGAAAAAAGAAAUCAAAUUAAUACAACAGUCCAACACUUUAAUGUUUAGUUUAUUUAUUUUUCUUCAUGAAUUGCAAUUUUUACAGGCUUAUAUACAAAAAAUAUUCUUAUACAUGUUUGUUAGAUCCGACGAUCAUUUGUGUAAAUAAGAUGGAUUUAUAUAUAAACAAAUUUAUUCACUUAAAUAAUUUUAAAAUAACAAUAAUUGUUAUUUUCAUCUCAUGGAACAAGUCAGCUAACCUGGUAAAUAAGCAGCCACAAUCAUUUAAAUUAUAUUAUUAGUAUGUCUGCAUCAACUUAUUAUACUUUUCUGUUAACGACUGCAUCAUAUUCAUAUAAUCAAUAAUACACUUAUACGUCUAUCUAUGAACUACCCUUGGUCCUGUCUCUUGAUAGUUUAAAAAAAAAAUUAUGGCCUAUCCUUGGUUUUGUCUCUUGAUAGUUCUUUUUAGUAUGAAAUUUAUACCAUUU